AUGUUAGUAUCUGCUAAUUUUUAUACUUUAAGGACAAGCCUAGCUGCUGCUAUUAGACGUAUCGCAGACUUUCUAGGACGUAAACUUACGGAGGAUGAUGUUGCCAGAAUAGCUGACCACUGCCACGUGGACAAUAUGCGAAAUAAUCCUACAGUGAAUGGACUUUACUGGACUGAGUUUAAAAAAAUGAACUUCGAAUGUGAGGGGCGCUUCAUUAACAAAGGUGUUCCUGGUACAUGGCGGGAGGUUCUAAAGCCGGAACAAAGUUCCAAAAUCGAUGAAAUGAUCCGUGAAGUAGCAAAAUCAGGACUAAUUAUUGAACAAACGUAG